AUGAACCUCAACAAAGUUAGGGCCAAGCCGUAUGAACCUCCAACAAAGUUAGGGCCAAGCCGUAUCAAACUGCACAGAAUGAAGGCCAAGCCGUAUGAACCUCCACAGAGUGUGACAUCACUAUCUGCAUGUGUCGGUUUGAACGGAUUCAGUGACCUGGGCACCACAGGGAUGUGUGUGGCGCCGGUGGAAAAGAUGUCAUGGUCAAGAGCCAGUAGAUACUGCCAGUCUCUCGGUGCUCGUAUUGUCAUUGUCGACACUCAGCAGAAGGCGACAGCAAUGAACAACUACAUACAGACAGAAUUUCCCAGCGCCAACUUCGUGUGGAUCGGUGGGGUAAGCUACUCUUCACUAUCAAGCUCCACCCACAGAUUCCACCAGAAAUGGGUGUGGACCGACUGUCGCGCCAUCAGUGGGACGUACCACUCCUGGGCCCCCGGGCAACCAUCAGGAACAGUAGACAAGUGCGCCGCCAUUAAGCUCAGUGACUUCCAAUGGAAUGACGGACCGUGUUCUUACUCAUCUAAUUCUGUGUGUGAGAAGGUCACCUCCCACCCCCUGUACGAGAUUAUCGACAACACCGAUGACAUUUGUCCUUCCUCAGAUCAAACAACUACGACUACUAGCUCUACUACAACUACGACAACAACUCCAACCACUAUGGGCACAACUACACCAAGAACCACUACCACUACUCCAACGACCACUACUCUCACGACUACUACACCGACCACUACUCUAGCAACUACUACACCGACCACUACUCCCACGACUACUACACCGACCACUACUCUAGCAACUACUACACCGACCACUACUCCCACGACUACUACACCGACCACUACUCUAGAAACUACUACACCGACCACUACUCCCACGACUACUACACCGACCACUACUCUAGCAACUACUACACCGACCACUACUCCCACGACUACUACACCGACCACUACUCCCACGACUACUACACCGACCACUACUCCAACAGCUACUACAUCAACGACCACUACUCGAACGACCACUGCACUACCGACUACUACACCGACCACUACUUCAAUAACUACUACAUCAACGACCACAGCUCCAGUAUACUCAACUACGGUGGGAACUACAUCUGCUACGAUUUCAGAGUUGACCAAAACGACGGACACAUCACAUUCUGUCCUAACCCAGAAACAGACGACGUCAUUCAAUCCCAACCCUUCGCGUACCAAAACAACAGUCUGUACGUGUUUCUGCAAGUCAAAGGGCAGACUGGAAGUUAUAACAGAAAAAAAUGUAAACGAAAAGCAAGAACAACUAAAACGCAAACUCACCGUUGACAAAAAGGAACUUACCCAGACCACUGCCAGAUACACAAGUGCACCAGACCGCCGUCAAUCUUCUUCCGGUAUAGGUGUCACCUCGCUUGCAAUCAUCUUAAUCCCGUUCGGUCUCGUGGUAAUCUCGGAUAUCUCAGCAGUAUGCCAGAUACUUAUUAACAAAUAUAAGACAGGCUGACUGCACUGACUGACUUGUAUUACCUUAUAUACACAGACAUAUUUCAGGACGUGUUUUGUCUGUGGUGCACGUAAAGUAUUAAUCGUGUUUAAAUAGAAAAUGUGACAAAAUUGUCUAUUUUUGAUAAUUAUCAGUGACUGAGGUUCACAAAGUAUUUUCUUGUAUCUGCAUUGGUAGUAUGAUUUACAGUGAUUCAGAUUGAUUUAAGAGUUGCGUUCAACCACGAACUUUACCCAAGCUGCCUGUGAGGCGCUAGAAGGUUGAUAGUCCUAUGACCCGUCAUCCACAUGCGUGUAUUAAAAAGAGAAAUAUCCAAUGGCUAUUCCUUGUCAAGACAAGAGCGACAAGAGGGCGGUCCGAGACCUCUCACAGAAUAAUAUUAUCUACACGCUACGUGAAAUCAGCUACCAGUUUGAAAAACUAUUUGGAUUACAUGACUCUUUCAAGACAUCCGUAAACAUUCGUGAACAAGUUCUGGACACCUUGUCCGCAGAUCUUCGAGCAGGGAGGUAUCGCAUUGGCUCUUUUACCGUAUUGGAGUUUACCUUGUUGGGCAGACACUGAUGACCAACCCUGACCAAGGUCGUCACAGGUUCUCUCAAUAGGAAAUAAAUUACAACUUUGGACUUCGCACAUUACACCCAUGUCGGGAAUCGAACUCGAGUUUUCGACAUGACGAGCGAACGCUUUCGCCACGAGACUACUCCACCACCCGUAAAAUGAUCGACUUUGUAAAGUAUUGUGUGGUUCAGAUGUGACCCGCCAUGAAAACUCCAUAGUCCAGUGGAUGGAGUGUCUGACCAAAGAGUGGUUCGAUGCGUUAUACCAGAACAUGGUAUUUAUUGUUACCCUGCCUGACAGGAUCAGAAUCCGUAUGAUGGGACUGAGUUAUUCAUGUUGUACCACGGCACGGUGUCUUAGUGAGCACACCGAGGCACAACAUUUGU